ACAACGAAAUCUUGAAGAAUUGUACGGAGGUGCAAGCCAAAUUUAACUCUCUCCUAAAUUAAUGUGGGUCGGACUAAGAAAUUACUAAACACAACCUGUAAUAGGACUGGUUAUUUGGGUGCCCCUCUUUGCCAUUGUUGCCUCUUGCUGUUACAUUGCUUCCCCUGUGUUACCUUUCUAGGCCCAGAUGUUCUCAGAUAAUGCACAUUGUCCUGACUGUGGACAACAGUGGUUCCCUAGUUUAGAACUAGGCCAUUGGUUGUACCAAACCGAACUUAUUGAAAAUGAAUGUUACCAAAUCUUCUUAGAUCGUAUUAACAGAGCUGAUUAUUGCCCUGAGUGUUAUCCAGAUAAUUCUUCUAAUAGAAGCAUUGUUCUUCCUUGGUCUUUCCCACUUGAGUGGGCUCCCCAAAAUCUCACUAGAUGGACCUUUGAAAAAGCUUGCCACCCAUUUCUUCUGGGUCCACCCCUGGUUAGAAAAAGGAUCCAUGACUCCAGACUAGCUGGUUUUAACCCUGCACUGCAGCUAAUCUUGACCAGAACAGAUAAAACCUUAAACAAAAAACUUGGUCAAAGCAAAUAA